GUGUGUGUGUGUGUCGAGGAGGUCGGCAGUGAGGAGGAGGAGAGGAGAGGAUGCUGGAUGCUGAGACGGAGGUGCUGGUGUUUCACUUUCUGUCACACUGAAGCUCAUCGCACCCUGACGGAGGAAGAGCAACAACACGUCUGUUAAGAAGCCUCAGGAUUAGGUGGACGAUGAACAUGUCUGGCGGGCCCCUGGGGGAGGAUCUCACGGAUGAGGAGAAGGAGAUCAUCAACAGUGUGCUGGCUCGGGCGGCCAUGAUGGAGAACAUGGAGCAGCAGAGGAUCGAGCGUCUCUCCAGCCGGCUGGAUAACAUCAAGAAGACGGCGUGUGGGGACGGACAGUCGCAGUGUCUGCUGUGUGGAGCGUCUUUUGGACCGCAGGGGGUCACAGCUGUCCUCUGUGUGCAGUGCAAAAAUCACAUGUGCAGCAAAUGCGGGAUUUUCAGCAACAGCAGGUCGUGUCCUGUGUGGCUGUGCAGAAUCUGCAACGAGCACCAAGAGGUACAGAAGCGUUCAGGAGCGUGGUUCUUCAAGGGGAGAGACCAGCAGAGUCUGCCUGCCGCCCUCCCUCUCUCCGGUUCUCGACAGUCCAGCAUCGAGAACAGCUAUGCGCCGACAGGUCAGAACGGAUCACAGGAACCAACACGACACCAGGGACACGAGCUCGGUGCAGAUCAUCAGCAGCAGCAGUCCUCCGGGUCAGAACAAUGGGAGCAGACAGCAAGAACAACAGCUGACAGCUAUAAUGAGAGUCAGACUUGUCCACCGGCUGUAAUGAAGACUGAGAGACAAGUGUUAGCCUCCAAACCGCCGCGGGCAAACGCCCAGUCAGCUGCCCCAGCCGCAGUUUCACCUCCAGCUGUUCAGGAAAAAAGGGCACCUGUGGGCUCCAGCUCCAUUUCAUCAAAUACUCCAACAAGCAGAAUUAUUCCACCUGUUAAUCCACCGGUCAACAACCCCGCUCCCCCGAGACCUCCACCAGAUCGAACAGAAGAAGACGACAACGACUACGACUCAGAUGACGCCACAACUCUGGGCUCUCUGGAGUUCAGUCUCCUUUACGAACAGGAGAACCACACCCUGCACUGUUGUGUCGUUAAAGCCAAGGGUUUAAAGCCGAUGGACUCAAAUGGACUCGCUGACCCCUAUGUUAAGCUGCACUUGUUACCCGGAGCCAGUAAGUCUAACAAGCUUCGUACCAAAACACUUAAAAACACUCUGAAUCCUGUGUGGAACGAGACGCUUGUCUACCACGGCAUUACAGCUGAUGAAAUGUCACGCAAAACCCUCCGGCUUUCUGUGAGUGACGAGGACAAGUUUGGACACAAUGAAUUCAUCGGAGAGACUCGAGUCGCCCUGAAGAAACUGAAGUUUGAUCAGAAGAAGAACUUCAGUGUUUGUUUGGAGCGAGUGAUCCCGGUGAAGAAAGCUGUUGGCGGACCAGCUCGUGGAAUGGCUCUCUAUGAGGACGACCUAAAUGAAGGUGAAGACUCAGAGGAGAGGGGUCGUGUCCUUGUAUCACUGAUGUACAACAGCCAGCAGGGUCGUCUGAUCGUGGGCGUGGUCCGCUGUGCCCAUCUGGCUGCCAUGGACUCCAAUGGAUACUCUGACCCUUUCGUAAAAGUAUGUCUGAAGCCAGAUAUGGGAAAGAAAGCCAAGAACAAGACCCAGAUAAAAAAGAAGACCCUUAACCCAGAGUAUAACGAGGAAUUCGGUUAUGAAAUCAAGCAUGGCGAGCUAGCCAAGAAGACCCUUGACAUCUCUGUCUGGGAUUAUGACAUGGGGAAAUCAAAUGACUUCAUUGGUGGAUGUCAGUUGGGCAUCCAGGCCAAAGGAGAGUGUUUGAAGCACUGGUAUGAAUGCCUCAAGAACAAAGACAAGAAGAUUGAACGUUGGCAUGUCCUGCUAAACGAUAACACGGCCAUGUUUGAGGAUUAAAAAAAAACGUCUUCCCUUCUUAUUAAUUAAGUACUUGUUUUCUCUAUUGUUCUCCCUGUGGAAUAUUGUCUUCCCGUUAACAUCGGCAGACUGAUAUUAUCCUCUUGCUUUUAUUUCCCUUCAUGUCAAUGUACAAGCUGCAUUUCCAAUAGUUUUCAGGUGACCAACAUGGAUGUCAUUAAAGCUCUUUUUUCAAUGAGGAUCGAUCACUAAACAAAACCAGGAAGCUCACAUUUACACUGCUAUUAUAUUAUCAGCUUUAUGAUAUUAUUAAAACCUUACCUGCCAUGCUGUUAUGACUGAACAAAGUGAUUAUACUCAUAUUUUAUGGAGGAGAUUAUCAUUAUCAUAAAGUCGUAAAGCCUCCACGUUCAGACACGAGAAAGGGAAUUCCCGGCUCUCUGACCCCUCUUCCGACCCCACCUGUGCUCUUCUCAUAUGAGAUCAUGGUAUGUUGCUAUCAGCUGAUCUGUGUGACCACAUGUUUUGACUGCUUGCAUCACAAAAACAUCCACUUUGCUUGUGUAGUUGUGCAUAAAUAAUGUGCAUCAUGCAUUAUGUUUUCUUUGGAUAAGGACCGGUAAAGAUGUAUACGGUUACAGAAAUGAUGUGAUAACAUGAUGGUCUCAUUGUCACCUGUGCAUGUGUGUCCGUCUCUAAAGGCCUACAAUGCUUCUGCAUGGUGUUUUAAUUGUAAAGAAGUAAUUAAUGCAACUUAAAGCGUAAAAUAUUCCUUCAGAG